UCUCAUUCAAAGUUGAAGUUAUUUUUGCUUUAGAUAUUCCCCCCCUAAACCUUUCUGUGACUUACUUUCUUCUGUGGAAGGGAAAAUAAGAUAUCUAACAAAAUUAACUUUCCCCAUUAACUUUCAGUGUAACUUUCAGUUUUUCAGAGAAGAAAUAAAGCCAUGAUGGUGGACUUUUUUGAGUGAACUAUACCUGUAAAUAAAGAAUUUUACAAAUUUAAAUUGAUGGCAAACAAUAAAAUGAAGUUGAUUUGUGUUGUUUUAGCUCGGUUUAAUUAAUGUUUUUAGUAAUGGGAUAGUGUAUUAAAGUACUUUUAGUUCUGUACUUGUGCUUUUGUGCUAUUAUGCUAAUUGCACAAAUUUUUAUAAGACUGUCAGGAUUUGUACUUGCACUUGACAUAGUUCCUGGUUAAAUGGGGGAAGGGAGUCACAGUCGUCUGUCACGCUAUCCGUCAGUGCUGACUGCAGGGAUGUAAUGUGUUUUAUCAUCCCUCUCCAUCUCCAUCACAUCCCUCCCCCAUCCUUCUCUUUCUCCAUCCAUCCGUCUCUCUUUAUCCAUCCUCUCUAUCCAUUUAUCUGCCCUCCCCCCUGCUGUCUUGUCUUUCGCUAUGUCUACAUCAGAGUCUGUAUCUCCUUCUCUUCUCACUCCCUUCCCAAAGUAAACAUGGUUUGCUCUUCGUCGUGCAUUCUCCGAAAACCGUAUCGGUUAACCUCUUAAAGGAAUAGUUCACCCAAAAAUGAAAAUGACCCCAUAUUUUACUCACCCCAAAGCCGUCCUAGGUUUAAAUGACUUUCUUCUUUCCCACAAACAGUUUUUAGGAAACUUUUCAUGGUUUUUCCAAGCUUGGUAAUGCUUGUGGAUAGCGGUAAAUCGGAUAUAUCCGUGGUGAAACUAACCUAGUACAGUGAGCAAGAAUUUUCUCAUUAAUAAUGCGGGCAGAGCCUUUUAGUAAUGAACCGUCGCUCUGAGACCCUCAAUGUUAUUGCACCCAUGCUUCAAAAACACAAAUCAAUCAUGGCCUUUGUAAUUCGAAAAUCACACCAAAGCAAUAUUGCAAUUCGUUCAUAAUGCUGGUAUAUCAUGCUGCCCUAGACUGAACUGUGUUUGUGUGUGUGUGUGUGUGUGUCAGUGAAACACAAAUUUAGCUGAAGGCUGAUUUAGCUGAUUUCCUGUGACCAAGAAUUUGAAAAACCCUACUCUAAACAAUAUAAAGACAUUUCUCUGGUCUUGAGAGGUUAAAGAUAUUCAUAAAUUGGUUUGAAGCAGAUAGUUAGACGUCAUAAGAGAUUCUUAAGAGAUGGUAUUUUUGAUAUUCCUUUCCCAUGAGUUUCUUUGACUAUAUAUUGAUAUUGUUUUUUUUCCUUUGCCAAAUCCUGAAUGAGCCUAACCUGACACCUACCAUACUGUACAACUGAGACCACUGAUUAACCACAGAAAUCCAUUCAGUCCAGACCAAGGGGAGUGUUUGUGGGUUUAUUUAUGUGGUUAUUUUUCAAAGGAGUGGGAGAUGUGUCCUUUUCAGCUGAAUACAAAAACACACAGGAUGCUAGAAUGAAGCUUUUGUAUGGAAGUCCAUCAGAAAAGCCCAGAGAAACCCCAUCAUUGUGCUCAUAGUCCACUGACUGCAGAGGUUUUAAGUUACCUCGUAGGGAGCACCCCUUUUUAUUCAAAAUGAUGAUUCAUAAGCAGUCGGCUCGUACCUCCCCGGGCAGUGUUUGCUCUCUACGUGGAGGAGGUGUUCCUGGAUCCCCGGCGGUCACUAUAGUGGCCAAAAUGGACAAUCAAGUGAUUGGAUAUAAGGAUCUAGCAGCUAUACCUAAAGACAAGGCCAUUCUGGAUAUAGAGAGGCCUGACCUGAUGAUGUAUGAACCCCACUUCAGCUAUUCACCGAUGGAGAGGUCAUUAUCUCCUCGUUCAAUCUCCCCUCCUCCAUCUCCAGAGAACAGUCUAUCAAAGGAUGUCUAUCAGAGGGAUUGGUCAGAGCCCAAGUCGUCAGGCAGCUCGUCUCCAGCGUCCACACAGCUGAGUAAGAGCAUCACCGUCAGCACAAAAGUCCUACACCAGCAGCAGCACUUCCACAGGCCAGACAAUGGAACCAACAUAUACAAGAAGCCACCGAUAUAUAAACAAGAUGUCUCAGCAGCCGUUCCACUCGGUAAACACAUGGAGGAUUUAAUCAUCGAGUCUUCAAAGUUUCCCGCCGCACAGCCUCCAGACCCCAACCAGCCUUCUAAGAUAGAGACGGACUACUGGCCCUGCCCACCCUCGCUAGCUGUCAUCGAGAAGGAGCGGAAGAAGAGCGUGGCGCCCAAGGAGGCCGAGGGAGAGGAGAGCGAGGAGGAUGAUAAGUAUGAUGACAGCGAUCUGUCUGAUGACAUGUGGAGACUUCGGCAAAUGCAGAAACAAGAGCUCAACAAGAUUCAAUCCAAUCUAGGAAAACUGAUACUAAAGGAGGAGAUCGAAAGUUCGGCCCCCGUCCGAAGGAAAACACGGUCUCUGCCCGACAGGACACACAUGCAUCUGGGUACAUUUCAAACCUCCAAAUCCCCCUCGUUUCCUUCCUACACUAAGACUGGCCUGACUAGGUCUGGUGUUUGUGUGCAACAGCUCCAGUCUGCAGAGUUCUCCUCUUCAAACAGUGAUAAAGGGAGUCAAAAUUUUCAGAACGGAGAUGCCCAGAGCAGAAGAAUAGACCGAGGGAACUCACUCCCUAGUAUGCUGGAACAAAAGAUUUACCCGUAUGAGAUGCUCAUGGUGACCCACAGAGGCAGAAGCAAACUCCCUCCCGGUGUAGACAGGACCAGACUGGAGAGGCACCUGGCGCCCGAGGAAUUCCAGAAUGUCUUCGGCAUGUCCAUAGAGGAAUUCGACCGGCUCUCCCUCUGGAAGCGGAACGACAUGAAAAAGAAAGUCUCUCUCUUCUAGUAGUCAGAGAAACACGUUCUUCUACAAACACUGUCACUGUCAGUCCGCACUUCCGCUUGUAAGAACAGUACAGGCGGUACAAGUUAAGGAAAGAUGAGGAAUGUGAAAUGAGGAAUGUGAUUACGGAGCCAGCAAAAAAAAAAAUCAGUUAUCCUUAUCCUUCGAUAAGCCCCGUAUCUGAUUGCAGCUAACAAUCAUAUCCGAGUCUUUGAUGUUGUCUCUUUUUCUAGUCGCAGCUACUAUGUCAGGACUUCACCGAGGUUACCAGGUCCUCUUCUGUGUGUGCUUAGUAAAGCUAUAAUGAUACGCACAGAUAAUAACGCUACAGAUACACAUAUUUGAGCAGACCAAACCCCUGCAGAACAGUUCAGAGGACCAGCAGGAAUCUGUGAGUUUAAGUCACUGCCACACUUUUAAGCCUUUUGCGUGCUAAGCAUGAAUUAACAAACCUUCGGAAUAUGGGUCAAUGACUGUUUUGGUUUUGAUUUAAUAGUUUGUUAAAAAAAAGAUUUAAAAGUGGAAAAAAGUGGAAGGAGUUUAAUAAACCUCUUCCACGAUGA